ACGUACCAGUAGUGUGACCUUCACCUUGCUUACCUUCGCGCCAAAUUUGGUGGGAGCUAAACUUGGACGACAGACUCUUCACUUAUUUCAAAGUUUACAAUAGCAGAACUUGAGGUUACUGAAGCUGGAAAAGUUCUUAUUCAAAGGCAUUUGUGAUAGCUGCAACCAUGAUGGCAACAGUUGCUGGAGCUGAAUAUAGUUCACCCUACACCAGAUCAAGAAAACGAAAGCUUCUUGACAGUCCAGAGCAGAAACAAAAACCCAAGCGAAAAGGCAAAAAAGAAACUUCUCCCUUAUCAGCUUUCUCAUUUUAUAACACGCCAAAGUCAUCCCCACCUCCAGAGAAGGAUUCCAAAAGCCAGCCCAUCUCCCCUGACAUUGAUUCCAAUGACAGUGACUCUCGUGACAGUCUGAACCUGGAGUCACUUGGAAUCAGGGUGAAACCAGUCCAGAAGAAAAGUGGUACCAAACAAAGCAAAAAGAUGGUAGAAGAAAAUGGCCAUAAGGAAGGAUCAGACCACAAUAAAUCCAGCCCCAGAAAGACAAUUUCAGUUAAACCAUAUUUCCACGCAAACACCAGACUGAAUACAGAGGACUGUGCUGAAAUGUUAUGUAUUAUGGAUGGUGAUAUCACACCGAGGAAAAAGAGACCAUGUUUGGAUGACGAUAAGAUUGAAAUGUCAAGCCCAGAUACAGGGGACUCGAUGGAACCACAGGGAUCAAGCACCCCUCUUAUGCCCAGCAGUCCACUGAGUGAUGUAUCUGAGAACAUAUUCAAUGUGUCUAAUGAUGGAAGUACACCAGGGGGCAGAAAGUUCUUCAAGAGCAGAGACAGUGAUAAGCAUGCUGCAAGAAAAUUGCUAGCAGUCAGAUACCAAUUUUCAUACAACAAAAUACCCAAGAGAAAUGGCUCUUUGAAGAAGGUUGCCAAGAAAUAUGCAAAUGGGCGGUCUUGUAAACCACAACAGGUUACUAGCAAUGGGAAAAAGACCUCUAGUGUAACCCCUCCAACAGCCCCUGUGAAGAUUACAAAGCAAAUUAUUGAUGAUUUUUCUCAGCUGCAGAAUCCCGAAGAGAAGUCACAACAAGUUGUCCCAGAUGUCACAGACCAACAGCUAACAGGACAGUUGUAUUCCCAGGAUUUAUUCUCUGAGGGAAGCCAUAAUGGCCUUGGCAAGCAGACGAUUAGAGACUCUGGGAAUGGUUCUCAAGAAUCUUCUGCAGCAGUUGACAAACUGGAGGGUGGAUAUGCCCAGACACCUGAGCUGUUCAGUGAUCUGGCAAGUACUGUGUCUGAGUCGUCCACAUCUGAAGUGGAUUCCAAUGAGACCAUUACACCCUUGUCAGAAAGCCCCAAAACUCCUGACAGAAAGACAAAACUGUUCCCUAUUUUCACAGCCCAAGCUAACAAGCAAAGCAGAACUGGUAACACAAGUUCUCCUAGAGGGGCCACAACCCCCCUCGGAUCCAGGAAAUCUUUGUCACCAGGUCCAUCUCCUGCUCGCCUGUCUAGAAAGAGGAUCACUGACAAGGAGAAUAGAGAACAGCUGAUUAUAGAUGCAGGUCAGAAACAGAUAGGGGCAAUCCAGUGCAAAACAUGUGGAAUGUUCUACACCCCUUCUGAUCCCACGGACAAGACGGCCCACUCCAAGUUUCACGAUAAACUGGAAACUGCUCUCAGUUUUCCUGGCUGGAAAAAGGAACGGAUUGUGCAGGGAUUUUAUGAUGGCAGUAGAAUUAUUGCUGUUGUUGAAGAUGACCCCAAGUAUGCUUUGAGGAAGUUGGAUGAAAUCCAGCAGAUUGUGGAUGACGAAUUGGGAUUUCAAGAAAACCUGUACAAUAUACAGAAAAGAAAAACCUAUUUGUACAUUUCCUGUGACAAACAGAUUGUUGGGUUAUGUGUGACAGAGGAGAUUUCUCAUGGUUACCGUGUUCUCCCAGACAGCCAGACCAGCUCAGAACACUCAGACAGACAGCGUGCCUGGUGCUGCAGCACAGAGAAACAGCCAGCUUGUUGUGGUAUCAACAGGAUCUGGGUGAGCAGGAAACACAGAGGGCAAGGCAUUGCCACCAAGCUCAUUGACUGCAUCAGGCGCAAUUUUACCCUUGGCUAUACCCUGAAUACAGAUGACAUUGCUUUCUCUGACCCCACCCCAGAUGGGAAGUUAUUUGCUACAAAAUAUACAGGCACUAAACAGUUCUUGGUUUACAAGUAUAACAUGUAGAGGUGGAUUGUUUUAACAGUUAAAAAAUUAAGUACAAAUUUUCACUGCAGACUUUACCCAAGUGCGUAAAAGGAUGGGUUUUCUGAUCUAAAUUGAUUACUGCAUGCUAGAAAAUUUUCCUAGUACUGAUGUCAGAGUAAAUACUAUUGUGAAAAUAUUAGGUAAGCAUGAUGGUUUUCAGCUUCAAAAGGAAAUGAGUCUUGGCACAUUGUAACUUAAUGUUUUUGUUAUAUUUACUUUCUAAUAGAACCUGUACCAUUUUAUCUUUGAAAUAAGCCAUUUAACAACUUGUCUAUAUGCACUGUACUGUAGUUUACAUUUUCAGUGGUAACUUUUUUUUUAUUAAAAUUGCGAGGUAUGUUUGAAAAUUUAAAUACAUUUGGUUGAAUGUCAUUGGGUAUUGAUAUUCUUAUCAAGAGAUAGAAGUUACCUUUGUCAUGGGUUAACUAAUAGAGACAUGCAACAGUGUGCAGUAAGUACAUACUGUAUACAUUACAUAUAUUUUCACAUUAUAGAUUUCAAAUGAAUCAGCAUAAUCCAAACGCCAAAGACUUGUUAACAACUUUUGAAAUAGUACUUUAAUCAAGUACUGAAGUGAUGUCUUACAUAUACUAUAUUCUCACAUUUUAAUUAUUUAUUUCUUCAUUUUUAAUUUAACAUUGUAAUGCCAGUAUUGUGCUAGUUUAGAUUGUAUAAAAGCAAAAUCUGUAUGUUGUGCCUUUUAUUAAUAAAGUGCAGAAAAUGCAAAAAUUU